AUGGCUCCAAUUAAAAGGAAAACCUGGGAUCACCAUGCCAUGAUACGAGCCGUGAAUGCAGUGCGGAGCAACCAAAUGGGUUACUUAAAGGCAUCAAAACAAUUUGGUGUUCCUAAGGGUACCCUAGAGCGCUACGUCAAGAAUGAUGCUCAUGCUGAAGUACUUGUAAAGGUUCGUAUGGGAAGACAUCCAGUCUUGCCUGACCAUUUAGAAGUAGAGCUGGAAAAAUAUUGCAAACAAAUGGAUCGACGAUUUUAUGGCUUACGUCUGAAGGAUAUUAAGUACAUGGCGUUUCAAUUGGCUAUCAAAAAUAAUCUUAAACACCCCUUCAGCUUGUCUAAAGCGUCUGCUGGCAAAAAGUGGCUACGUGGUUAUAUGAGAAGGCAUCCUGCUUUAUCAGUUAGAACACCUGAAGCAGUUUCUGCUGCAAGAGUGAAAGGGUUCAACCCUGUUGCCGUCAAUAAUUUCUUUGACUUAUAUGAGCCAGAAAUUGAAAAGAUAAAAUCCUCUCCACAUAGAGUGUACAACGUUGAUGAGACCGGAAUAACAGUAGUACAACAUAAACGGUCCAAAGUCGUCAGCGUGAAAGGCGAGCAACAGGUUGGUGCGUUGACAUCAUUAGAAAGAGGCAAACUAAUGACCGUAGUGACAUGCAUGAACGCUUGUGGUAGCUAUGUGCCACCAUUGAUAAUUUUUCCAAGGAAAAAUAUGGGCCAAGAACUAAUGGACGAUGCACCUGCAGGUUCAAUAGGCGAUUGUCAUCCCUCUGGUUGGAUCCAAACACACCAAUUCACAAAGUGGUUUCAACAUUUUAUAAAUUUUGUAAAACCAAGUGAAGAUGAUCCAGUUAUUUUGAUUUUAGAUGGCCACUACACACAUACACGCAACAUUGAUGUAAUAAAUUUAGCUCGAGAAAAUAAUGUAGCUAUUGUUUGCUUACCGCCACAUUGCACGCACAAAAUGCAGCCCAUGGAUGUGGCGUUUAUGAAACCACUGAAAACUUAUUACGCCCAAGAAAUUGAAACAUGGCUGCUAAAUAACCCUGGACGCACAGUGACCAACAAAUACAUAGUUAGAUUAUUUGGCAUUGCUUAUGAAAAAGCUGCAACUAUGAGUAACUCCGUCAAUGGUUUUCGGAAAACUGGAUUGUUGCCUUGCAAUCGCCAUAUUUUUACAGAUGAAGAUUUUUCAGUUUUUAAUGAUGAAGAUCAACGUCGAGAUGUACUGAAUGACCAGACAGAUAGACCUUUCCAGACUCACCACGUUUCACCUGAUCAUGGAGUGUCAAAUGAGAAUCAGGGGGAUCAUAGAGCCGAACGCUAUGUAACCCCUUCAAAUGGAAAUCCUCCUGAUGAGAAUCACGCAUUGGCAUCAAGUGCUGGCUUAUAUGAAAAUCCAAUGCCUAGCACAUCGUCUCAUGUCUCACCUUUUGCACUUAAGCCAAUACCCAGGCUGUCUAGAAAUGAUUCUGCCAAGAAAACCAGGGCUGGAUCAGCUGCCAUAAUUACUGCUUCUCCAUAUAAAAACACACUUAUAGGAUGUUUAAAUAAAAAAAAAGAAAAGGAAAAUAAAAAGAAUCAGAGGAAAAGCUCUAAGAAUGCAAGCAAAGAACAGCAGACAAAGAAGAAUAAUAAGAAAGUUGCAAAGAAAAAGAAAAUUAAAGAGCCGGACACUUCCAGUUCUGAAGAUGAUAACGUACCGGAGCUCGCAGAUAGCAGUAGUGAUGAUGAAUCAUAUGACGCUGAAUGUCCAUACUGCAGUGGGAGGUUCUCUGAAGACACGAGAGGAGAAAAAUGGGCUAAGUGUCAAAGUUGUUUCAAGUGGACUCAUGAGGACUGUGGAGAAGUAACUGAAAAUCGUUUUUUGUGUUCUUUAUGUUUAGAUAUGUAA